GGAGGGAGUAAAGCGGGUGUAAGUCUAAAAGACAUGAAGUCAAAUAUCAGGCACUUCCAUGUGCUCACAUGGUUGACGAACUCUGAAAGUGGAGAGAGAAACAGAAACAGAAACAGAAACAGAAACUAACCACAGCUCUCAAUCAAACCCAACCCCAACUACACCUUAAUCAUAAUCAAUUCUAUUCUCUCAUUUAUUCAAUUAUUCUACACCCUCUCAAUUUUUCAUCAUUUUCCCAAUUCAUUUCUUUCUAAACUUCAAACUCAGCACCAGAAAUCAGAGUUACCCACAAAUACCCAGAACCUAAAUCACCAGAAAAGCUUCAAACUUUUACUGUUUUUGGCUUAAAUUUGUACUUUUGGAAACACCCUUUUGCUCAUUUUUAAAAAAUUUCCCCUCUUUUUUUGUUUUUGAAUUUUAAUUUGAAGAAAAAGGAAAAUGAAGGAGGGGGGAGAUGGUGGGUUUGUGAGAGCAGAUCAGAUUGAUCUGAAGAGCUUGGAUGAACAGCUAGAAAGGCAUCUAAGCAGAGCAUUAACAAUGGAAAAAGCCAAGAAAAAAGAUGAAUUCGGUGAGCAACAAAGUAGUAGUGAUGUUAAACAUGAGUGGGAGAUCGACGCUUCUAAGCUCAUCAUCAAGUCUGUCAUUGCUCGUGGCACUUUUGGGACCGUUCAUCGUGGGAUGUAUGACGGUCUUGAUGUCGCCGUUAAACUGCUUGACUGGGGUGAGGAGGGGCAGAGAACGACAGCUGAAGUAGCUUCGCUCAGGGCAGCCUUUACGCAGGAAGUUGUAGUGUGGCACAAGCUUAACCAUCCGAAUGUGACUACGUUUAUUGGGGCAAAGAUGGGUGCAUCAGGACUACAAAUACAAACAGAAAGUGGCCUAAUUAGCAUGCCAAGUAAUAUCUGCUGUGUUGUUGUGGAAUAUCUUCCUGGGGGUGCCCUGAAGAAUUACCUCAUUAAGAACCGAAGAAAGAAGCUAGCUUUCAAGGUUGUCCACCAGUUGGCGCUUGAUCUUGCUCGAGGGUUGAGCUAUCUCCAUUCUGAGAAGAUUGUUCAUAGAGAUGUAAAGACAGAGAACAUGCUACUAGAUAAAACAAGGACUCUUAAAAUCGCAGAUUUUGGUGUAGCCCGUGUUGAGGCUUCAAAUCCUAGUGACAUGACUGGAGAGACCGGAACACUUGGUUAUAUGGCCCCCGAGGUUCUAAACGGGGAUCCCUAUAACAGGAAAUGUGAUGUGUAUAGCUUUGGUAUCUGUUUGUGGGAAAUAUAUUGCUGCGACAUGCCUUACCCGGACCUCAGUUUUUCAGAGGUGACUUCUGCUGUGGUUCGCCAGAACCUAAGGCCGGAAAUGCCAAGAUGUUGUCCGAGUGCAUUGGCAAAUGUAAUGAAGAAAUGUUGGGAUGCAAAUCCCGACAGGCGCCCCGAAAUGGACGAGGUAGUUUCGUUGUUGGAGGCGAUUGACACGACAAAAGGUGGAGGGAUGAUCCCUGUUGAUCAGCAGCAAAGCUGUUUCUGCUUCCAAAGACGCCGUGGACCUUAGAAGAUAUGGCUUUUAAAAACUUUCCCAAGCAAACCGACCUAUAUAUAUAUCUAUAUAUAGUCUGGGAUUAUUGGUUGUUGCUUUGGUUUUUGCAGGAGAUACCAUCCAGCCUUGUAAUUAUGGUGAAGAAAAAAAAGUAAAGGUAAUGUGAGCAUUUUAUAGAUGAGAAAAAAAAAAAAAAAAAAACUAUUCUAGUUAUUGGUUGUUCCAAUUUGAAGUCUGCAUUAGUUUUUGCCAGACUUGUAAAUCAAUUUCUCCUGUUUCUCAUUGUCUGUCACUCAUUCCUCCAUCUUUUUUUUACAGUUCGCAUACUAAGUACAUAUUAGGCUCCGUUCUAUUGGA